CAGAGGGAGCAGCAGGAGGAGGAGGCAGAGGAGCUCCUCACUCCUUCUGUGGAGGUUCUGUCAGAGGAAGCCCGCUGGAUGAAGGCUCUUCUGGACACGAUGGUUCUGACCGCGCUCAGCCAGUUUAGCUGCAAGGUGAAUGUUGAUGACACCAUUGAGAUGCUACCAAAAUCAAGGAGAGCACUUACCAUUCAAGAGAUUGCUGCUUUAGCACGAUCGUCCCUGCAUGGUAUUUCACAGGUGGUGAAGGACCAUGUGACAAAGCCUACAGCCAUGGCGCAGGGCAGAGUGGCCCAUCUCAUAGAAUGGAAAGGCUGGUGCAAGCCUAUGGACACUCCAGCAGCCCUGGAGUCAGACUUCAACUCUUAUUCUGAUCUGACAGAGGGAGAGCAGGAGGCACGCUUUGCUGCUGGUGUGGCAGAGCAGUUUGCCAUCGCUGAGGCUAAGCUGAGGGCCUGGUCCUCCGUGGACGGAGAUGAGUCCAACGAUGACUCAUAUGAUGAAGAUUUUCUGCCUGCUACUGAGCCCAGCACACAGAGCACAGAUGUGACAUCUUCUUAUCCACCGUACUUGAAGGACCUGAUUCACAGCCAGCUUUGCCAACACCUGGGUCUGUGGAGGCCCUGUUCUGAGAAUGGGGGAGGGAUUGGAGAGGUAGGUGGCAGCAGAGAGCCCUCCCCCACCACAGGCUCCUCCCCAGACACACUGUGCUCCAGUCUGUGCAGUCUGGACGAGCAGCAUCCGCUGCUGCGCGACUUGGGCAGCCACCACUGCAGCCACUCCCAAAGCAACGCUGCCGAGCUCGCUGCCAAGAUCCUGUCUGCGCUGCAUGGUGGAGAGGAGCUGCUGGCUCGACUUCAGAGGGUGGGGCAGAGUGGGCCUGGUGGGAGGGACUUUGGCUUCCACAGCCUGGGUGGGGUGGGUCGAAGCAGCAGGUCCUUUGGGGGUCAGGACUCUCCCUGCUACUCCACUUCUUACUCUGAGACAUACCUGUCACCUGGGGAGGAUGAUGACACUUCCUGCAAGGACUAUGAGAACACUGUGGGUCAGGAGGAGACAGAGGGCAACAGGGGGGAGUACCCACUUGACUACAACCCCCGCAGGAGGGUGUCCGAUGUGGCCUCCUCAGGGGUGGUCUCACUGGAUGAGGAGGAUGAAGAGGAGGAGAUGGAUGGGAGAGCAGGCAAGCCCAACAACCAAUGA